GCCACCGGCCGCCACCACGUACGGUAUAUAAGUGGGCGCAACUCCGCGUCCCCCGUUACAUUUCACUCCACUCCAACUCCAUCCCACACCGCGUUCCCGGAGGCCCGUCGGCGUCUCUCUGCCGCCUGUCCCUCUCCCUCUCUUUGCCAGCAGUGAUGAGGGCCGGGACGCGGGGCGGCGCGGCUAGCUAGACAGAGACGUGUGCAGGCCGGCCGGGACACCGGCGCCUCACGCGCGCGAUCGAUCGAGGUGACGACGACGACGACGAGCGGAGGCGGAGGAGCUGCUGGCGGUCGCUGUUGGUGGCUGGUGGAGGUGGUGGCGGUUACAGUGGGGGAAAGGCAACGCGGGCGGGCGGGCGGAGCGGCCAAUCGGGGAAAAGGCCCGGGCAUCACAGGCAGCAGAUCCAGGCAUCCCAGGAUUUCUGCGCCCAGACUUUGCCCGCAAUCCAUCCGCGCUUUCCGCGCACACCCUCCGCCCCACCGGUCCGCGUCAACCCGGCCGGCGGCCUCCGAUCCAUCCGCUCCCGUCUCCGUCUCCGUGCGUGUCGUCCCUCUCCCUCUCAUUCCCCGGCCUGGGCGGUGAAAGCGAUCGAUCCAGCGUGCUGCCUUGCUAGCCUCCUGACCGGCCUGGACAGCUGCGCUUCUGCUGGUAUAUAUAAAGCGGAGGCGACCUACAGAUUGGUGGGGAUCCGCUGAAAGAAUGGACACUUUUUCUCAUGUACCCCCUGGAUUCCGUUUCCACCCCACUGACGAGGAACUCGUCGAUUACUACCUCAGGAAGAAGGUGGCGUCCAACAAGAUCGACCUUGACGUCAUAAAAGACGUCGAUCUGUACAAAAUUGAGCCCUGGGAUCUCCAAGAGAAGUGCAAGAUUGGGAUGGAGGAGCAGAACGAGUGGUACUUCUUCAGCCACAAGGACAAGAAGUACCCGACGGGGUCUCGCACCAACCGGGCGACCACCGCCGGCUUCUGGAAGGCGACGGGGCGCGACAAGCCCAUCUACACCAAGAGCUGCCUCGUCGGGAUGAGGAAGACGCUCGUCUUCUACAGGGGCCGUGCGCCCAACGGCCAGAAGUCCGACUGGAUCAUGCACGAGUACCGCCUCGAGACCACCGAGAACGGGACCGCCCCUGAGGAAGGAUGGGUGGUCUGCAGGGUGUUCAAGAAGCGAGUGGCGACCGUGCGGAGAAUGGCCGACGGCGCGCCGUGGUUCGACGACCACGUCGCCGGCGGCGGGUUCAUGCCGGACCUCAUUGGCUCGCCGAGGCAGCUGAUGCACCACCACCACCACCCAAACGCGGUGUACAGCGGCGGUCAGCAGCAGCUCUACCACUGCAAGCCGGAGCUGGAGUACCAUCACCUUCUGCCCAGCCAAGACGCCUUCUUGCAGCAGCUUCCUCAGUUGGUGGAGAGCCCCAAGCCUCCUCCCGCCUACAUUGCCGCCGCCCAAGGCAGCUGCAGCCUCCAGCUCCAGUCCCCCGACGAGGCCACUGGGUACACCACCCAGCAACCGGCCCUGAUGAUGGAGGCCGCCGCUUACAUGGACGACUCGGUCACCGAUUGGAGAGUGCUCGACAAGUUCGUCGCGUCUCAGCUCUUCAGCCACGGCGACGGCACAGCGAAAGAGGCCGGCUACUCCAGUCCGGCGCAGGUGUUUCAGGCUGAGAACAAGCAACCAGAAGAAGCACUGGACUACGCCUCCACAUCUGCCUCUGGUGGCGGCGAAGCGAACAUGUGGAAAUAGCUACUACAGAACGUACACGAAUCCAUUGGAUGCCCUAUACAAUUCAUCUAUAUAAUAUAUGCCUCAGAAACCUGAUUUAGUGUACAAAUAUAUAGCUUGCAAUCCGUGUGAUGGCACAUGAAAAUAUAUACAUAUAUGCAUAAUGAACAUGUAACCGAAGUGGUUAUAUA